CCGCCCCUGCCUCCAUCUAUGACUCACUGAAAAACGCUAUGCAUAUAAUCGAUACAUACACGGAGCCCUAAAACCUAAUCGGAGCCAAUCGGAGCCUCAAAACUGACACAAAUCGAAUCCAGAAGUUCAAAUUAACGGUUUCUAGGGUUUCGGAUUCGUUAUCGUCUUCAAUCUGAUCAAAUUCACCAGUUUUUUCGGUGUCGUGAUAUAGAGAGAUACAGAGUCUAUAUUAUACACGGAGUGUUUGGUAGAGUGUAGUGGAUUUGGUCAUGCGAUUGUCUCGGACUGGUAUUUUGAAUAGGAGAAAGAAGAAUCAGAGGUUGUUAAUUAGGGCUAAACAGAAACAUAAGAAGCUUGAUGCGAUAUGUGAAACGAAGUUUACGGAGAAUCGUGUUAAGAUAGAGUCUCCUAAGGUUGGGGAGGUUAAUGGCGAUGCGUCGGCGGAGGUUAGGCGGAGUUCUAGGGUGCGGCGAGCUCCUUCGGUGUUGGAUGCGUCGCCGGCGCCUCCGAAGAAGAGACAGAGGGUUAAUGGACACAGUGGGGGUGAUUUGUCGAAAAAGGGGUUGAAAACAGAGUUUGGUUUGGGAGAGGAGGAAUCGGGGGAGUGGAAGUCUAGGUUGAGAGCUAGGGGUAGGAGAGUGAGUUUUGUGGAGAGGGAUUCAUCUCCGAGGAGCAAGAAGAAGCUGUUUGAUCGUUCUGAUGGUGGUAAGGAACAAUUGGAUUUGGUGGGUUCAGGGUUGGAGGAGAAUACAUUGAUGGUUGUGCAGUCGAAACGACCUGGGAGGGUUAAAGCAUCAAAUGUUGUGAGCAAUGGAGAUAUUAGUUUGGACGACAGUGGUAAAGACGGUGAAGAUACAACUGCUGAGCCAGUAGUAGAAGACAAGAAUAUGGGAUAUCUGGAGGAUGGGGUGACAGAUAAUGGUGGUGUUGAUGAGUUACUGGAGCAGGGGAAGGAAGUUCCAAACAGUAUUGAUCCUGAGGACAUUUCGAAGAACACUGUACAAUCUGUUGAACAGAGUACGCCUGCCGAACAAGAUGAAUCUGGGGGGAAGGAAAACUGUAGUUCUCAACCAGACGACCAUGUAGGAGAUUGUACACCCAAUGAUAAUCAUAUGCAAGAUGAGAACUCUAAGAAGGUUGGGGAAGACAAAUUUUUUCCGACCCAUAGAAAGCAUAAAUCUCAUAUCAAAAAGGGAAGGUGGUGUGGUCUUUGUGGAGGAGGAACAGAUGGUAAACCUCCAAAAAGGUUAGUGCAUGAUGGGGCUGGCAGUGAUAAUGAGGCUUAUAGUGGAUCCUCCUCGGGUGAGGAACCGACUUAUGAUAUAUGGGAUGGAUUUGGUGAUGAGCCAGGCUGGCUUGGACAACUCUUGGGUCCCAUAAAUGACCGGUUCGGGAUUGCUGGGAUAUGGGUUCAUCAACAUUGUGCAGUAUGGAGUCCAGAGGUUUAUUUUGCUGGUUUGGGAUGCCUGAAAAAUGUGAGAUCAGCUCUUUUCAGAGGAAAGGUAUUGAAGUGUAGCCGGUGUGGUAGACGAGGAGCAACAAUUGGAUGCCGUGUGGACAGGUGUCCAAAAACUUAUCACUUGCCAUGUGCUCGUGCCAUUGGUUGCAUCUUUGAUCAUCGUAAAUUUCUCAUAGCCUGCACAGACCAUCGACAUCUAUUUCAACCUCAUGGCAGUAAGUAUCUAGAGAAGCUAAAGAAAAUCAAAGCUAAAAAGAUGAAAUUAGAAUUGAGAAAGCAGUCAAACGAUGCUUGGCGCAAGGAUCACGAAGCAGAAGAAAAAUGGCUAGAAAAUUGCGGAGAAGACGAAGAGUUCUUGAAACGCGAAAGCAAAAGGCUUCAUCGAGAUUUAUCAAGAAUCACACCUGUUUACAUUGGUGGGCCCUCAUCAGAAAAUCAAAUGCCAUAUCAAGGCUGGGAAUCUGUCGGUGGGCUUCAGAACGUAAUCCAAUCGUUAAAGGAGGUUGUUAUAUUGCCACUAUUGUAUCCGGAAUUUUUUAAUAAUAUUGGGCUUACUCCGCCUAGAGGCGUCCUUUUGCACGGUUAUCCCGGAACGGGCAAAACUUUGGUUGUUCGUUCGUUAAUCGGUUCAUGUGCUCGUGGUGAUAAACGAAUAGCUUAUUUUGCUCGUAAAGGGGCAGAUUGUUUAGGUAAAUACGUUGGUGAUGCUGAGCGCCAGCUCAGACUUCUAUUUCAAGUUGCCGAGAAAUCUCAACCGUCGAUCAUAUUCUUUGAUGAGAUCGAUGGUUUGGCUCCUUCACGCACUAGACAACAAGAUCAGACACAUAAUUCAGUUGUCUCAACUUUACUUGCUCUACUCGAUGGUCUAAAGUCUCGUGGCUCCGUUAUAGUGAUCGGUGCAACAAAUCGGCCCGAUGCUAUUGAUCCAGCUUUAAGGCGGCCCGGGAGAUUCGAUCGAGAAAUUUACUUUCCACUCCCGUCAGUUAACGAUCGGGAAGCUAUUCUAUCACUUCAUACGCAGAAAUGGCCCACACCUGUGAACAGAUCGUUAUUAAAGCUGAUCGCAAGAAAAACCGUCGGAUUUGCCGGUGCUGACUUGCAGGCUCUUUGCACUCAAACAGCUAUUAUCGCAUUGAAACGGGGAUGUAACUGGGAGAAACUUCUCAAAUCUGCUGAAGAAAAAGGGUGUGUCGGUAAACGUCCUGUUUUACCGACAUUUGUCGUUCAAGAGAGAGAUUGGUUGGAGGCUCUUUCAGCUGCACCGCCACCGUGUUCUCGUAGAGAAGCGGGAAUGGCAGCGAAUGAUAUAGUGUCGGCCCCACUUCCGGCUCAUUUGUUUCCGUGCAUGCUGCAGUCACUUUCUCGAUUGCUCGUUUCAUUGUAUUUGGAUGAGCGUGUCUCGUUGCCACCUUCUCUUUCUAAAGCUGCUGGAACGAUCAAAAUGGUAAUCGUUUCUGCCUUAGACAGAAAGAAUGAAAAUAGCGACUGUUGGUGGUCUCGAGUUCAGGAUUUGCUUAAAGAAGCUGACGUGGCAAGUGACGUAGAAUCAAAUCUUUUACGCGCCUUGAAUGAUGAUACUGAUGACUCUAAAGUGCAUAAUGGAUUCAUGCAAACGAAUUUGGUAUAUGGUGUAUCGCAUACGUUGGGAAAGAAACAGGGAUUUUGCUUAUUAAUUUCAGGAAGUCCAAGAAGUGGGCAGAGGCAUUUUGCUUCUUGCAUUCUUCAUUCGUUUGUUGGAAAUGCGGUGCUUCAUAAGAUUGAUUUGGCUACAAUGCUGCAUGAAGGAGCUGGAGACAUGGUUCAGGGGCUGACACAAAUCUUAGUGAGAUGCGCGAGUGUUGGUUCAGGCAUAAUAUUCAUGCCAAGAAUUGAUUUGUGGGCCUUAGAAACAUGCCGUCAAGUCACUGAUGAAGAAAAGGAAUCCGGUUCGAAAUUAUUUAUACAUUCCGAUAACACGGGAAAAUCUCAAGACUCGAUCUUACGCGCUUCUGACCUUUGGAGCUCUUUUGUUGAGCAGGCAGAGUCCAUAUUCAUUUCUGCAUCCUUGACUAUUCUGGCUACAUCAGAAGUCCCUUUUGAAUUGCUCUCGCCAAGAAUAAAGGAUUUUUUUGGGAAAAGCGAACAGAACCUCGGUCCUUCAAAUUACACAGGGAGUAGCAUACCAAGGUUUUCUGUACAUCUUGACGGGAACUUCAACCGCGAUAUGGUUAUCGGUUCAUCUGCAACCAAGUUAUCAAAUGACGUGGCUCAGUACUUUGUUGAGCUGAUUCAUCAUCAAACACAUAUCCAUGAAACUUUAUCAAACACUAAUGAAUCUUUAGACAUGAACACACUACACCCUAACCUAGAUUCUGACUCCGCAUAUAGGUUGAAAAGUCAAACUCCAUUACCACCUACCAAACGGGAGGAAAAGGGGAAAUCAAACUUGAUGUUAGCUAUAUCAACGUUUGGGUAUCAGAUCUUGCAAUAUCCUCAUUUUGCUGAACUUUGUUGGGUCACAUCGAAGUUGAAAGAAGGCCCAUCUGCUGAAAUUGACGGGCCUAGGAAGGUCUGGCCUUUUAAUUCUUGUAUUGUUCGGCCCAGUAAUGUUAAAAGCAAAGAAAAGUAUGGGUUAGUACAUGGCUUGAUUGCUGUUGGUUUAUCAGCUUAUCGAGGUCUCUACUCGUCACUAAGAGACGUUUCGGCUGAUGUUCGAAAGGUGUUGGAGAUUUUAACUUCUCAAAUUAAUGCCAAAGUUGAGAGUGGGAAAGAUAGAAAUCAAUUUGUUCGGCUUUUAUCCCAAGUCGCUUAUCUUGACGAUAUGGUAAACAGCUGGGCUUACACGCUGCAGAGUUUGGAGGCUCCUUCUCAACUGGUGGAGGCAAUCACGCAGGUUGAUGUAAACGCUCCUCGAGUUGAUGAAAACGCUUUCGUUCAAGUCGAUGAUUGUACGGACAAACCCUCACAUUCAGAAUCUGUGAAAGAAAGUACCAAGCAUGUGGCUAUUGUUGAUGAACCCAACCGACUUCUACAGACCCAAGGGUCAAGCUCUUUCAAGGAUCAAACAGACAACCUUUUAGAAAGUGAGCCAAACGAGAUUAUUCUAGAACGUUCAGAACCUAAAUCCAUGGCACAUUCUAAUGGAUUCAUGAGUGAAGAAUCAUCGGUUCCUGCAGACCAAGUUUUGAGGUCGUCUCCCAGUGGUGUAUGCUUGUAUCGGUUUUGCUCUAAAUGCUUAUCAAACCUCAAAAGUGCGAUGCAUCGACUUGUAAUGUCUCAGUGGGACGUAAAAUCAAGUAACUGGACAACAGAGGAUGUUGAUGAUGGUGUAACGCGAUUAUCUUUAAAUCUUUAUACAACCGUACGGGAAUUUUGUCUGGUGGAUAAUAUUACAACGAUUUUUAAAGGUCGGAGUUGUGAAUGUGAAGUUUCUGGUAACAGAGGAACGGAGUGUCGUUGUCAUUCAGCAAGCGACAUCAGCAGUACAACUGGACACGGAGUUGUAUCUGAAUUUAUUUACAAAAAUGGUGUAGCUGCUGCUGCUGAUACCGCGACCGCUGAUGUUUGUUUUGACUGUAAAUUUGAGACACUAUGCCUUUGUUCUCUUAUAGAGUAUAUAGUAAUGACCAAGCCGCCUUCUGGUUGAUUGUUGGCUUCAAUCUGGCAAUUUUGACUUCAAGAGAUUAAAGAAAAACACAAAAUUUUGAUUUCAGAGCCAUUAAGGACAAAAGUUGGUGGGAUCGAUGGGGGUUUGUGAAAACCCGCAUUGGGAGUGGUGAUUUAAUGGCGACAUGAGGCUGUUUAAGAUACGACCACCACAUCUGAUGACCUCGGUUAUUAUCCACCGCCACCACCACCGCGCUGCAACCACUCAUCUACCGCCAUCACUCACAGGCUGAGCCACGGCUACCAGCGACUCCACCAUUACUAUUGGUGCUAACUAUCCUUACUAGGUUUAAUCCAAGUUCGUAAUGACUUGGAUCUGAAAUGAAACUACUUUUGAAUGUGUUCUUGAAUCUAGUUUUGAUGUUUGAAUACAUUCAUGAAUGAGUUUUAAAGGUGUU